AUGGCGGAAAAUAUGGUUCAUCUGGAUGUGCAGAAGGCCGGCUGCCAAUCAAUUCUGUCUAGCAAUGGCGACCAGCUAGCCGUAAUCGUUAGCGACUCAGGAGGCGAGGACAGUUCCGAGUUCUGUUCGGAUAGCUCCUCCCCUUCCAAGAACAUUCAGUCAAGCAAGCCUGUAGUUUCUGGCCCAAUGGAUCACUGCGGUCUUCCUGCCGGGAGCACGUGUUCUGUAGCACGUGGAUGUGGGACUCUUCGAAUUUCCACUUCCAAUCUAGACAAAGAAGCAUCCGUAUCCCGCUGUCCAAGAUCAGUAUUCAAAGUCGAAUCCUUCUACCAAGCGCCAGACACCUUUUAUGCCUCCAAUUCAGUGACCUCAAAUUGCAGCGUAGGGGCCUUCCUAAAGCGACAAGCGCUCCUGUCUGCCAUUGGCAGCCUAGACAUGGGCCCACCUGGCAACGACCUAGGAUUCAAGCCUCACACAUCACCCAUCCUCCACUAUACCGGUGCGUGCCUCAAGGCUCUUCGCAACGGCCGCUGGUGCUGUUGUUGCUCAGGCAAUUUGCUUCUAUUACAGAACACAGCUGCAGCCUGUGAAAAACCUUCUAUUGUGUGCUAUUGCGGGUGUGCCUCAGCCCUCUUGCUUUCCUUCGUGAUGAUAGUUACCCUAUGGGGUUGCAUGGAUAUUGUCGUCGAGUUGGUGUCGGAAAGCAGCUCGAUAGAGCUUGUCUACUCUUAUGUAAUCGCGCUGGCAAUCGGUAUUGUGUUGACGAUCCUGCUGAAAUUAAUGGAAAAGCAUGGCUUCACGUUUCUCGUUUUUCCGACAAUGUUCGUGUCGCUUAUGACAAUUGUCGCUGCGUGGGGCAUUAUUGACGAGCUCAUAGAUAUCCUUGCCUGUGGGGAUCUGUAUAUUGCUGGACUAGUGUAUUUCGUAUGCUUUCUCCUGGCAGCGCUUCUCGUUUUCAUCCAUGCGUGCUUCUGUGAUAAGAGCUUUAGCGCGGAACUUCGUAGGCUCGUUUGCUACUAA